UACCUUAUUGUAUAUUAUAGGUUAAAUUCCAACAAGGGACACAUAAGAUAUAUUUCAUAGCAGGUGAAACAGUUGAUAAUCUCUGUUAAAAAAGCUGCAGAUUCUGCAAUAAUUAAAAUGGAAUAUUUAGACACUGUAGAUAAACAAUGUGAAGCAAUUGACUUUUCAAACUCAUGUAGACAAUUUUACAUGACAAGACUUAAGGCUACGGAAGAUUUUAAACGACAAGCUGCACAAUCAAAUGCAUCUUGUCAGCAAGAUUCUAAAAGAAAAACAACAAAAAUUGAUAGUGCUAUGGAAACGCUUAGAACAGAAAUGGCCUCCUUAAUGGACCAAGAUUUGUCUCUUAUGAAACAACUGUUGACGCUAAAUGAAACAAUAGAGGAAAUAAAAUUCAAAAGGCUCCAUGGAUCUAAUAGUAACUCCAUGGUAACGAGCUCUUGUAAUCUUGACAACAGUGAUUGGUAUGUGGGUGACAAUGAAGUGCAAAAACAAAGUUGUGAUACACAAUGUGAAAGACUGACAGUUCCUCAUAUUCCUUCCAUCAAAGUUACUUCAGACAGUUGUACAAGUGUAAAAAAAUCUCAAAAUCUGGACAAUUAUAAAUUCGUAGAAAAAGAAAUGGUUAUAGAUGGUACAAAAAGACGUAUAAUUCACGGUAGAGGUAAUUUCUCUAUGGAUUCUGGUUAUGAUGAGACAGAAGACUAUCAAACAGAUGUCGAAGUGACCUUGUAGUGGUCAGUUGUAGUGGUCAGUCCCCGCCAAAAUACAGACAUUAUCUAAUAUUCAAUCAUGUUGGCACAUUAGUCUCGCAUAAAUCAAUCAAUUGAACACGAUCGUGGUCAGUUAGUCUCGGAUAAUAAUCUAUAAUUAAUGAGCCAACCACAGACAGACGGGUAGAACAAGAAAAACAAAUCUGGCGGAAGAAGAUAUAACCGGCAGAUUACUUCCCCAAAGAGUAGAAGACCGCAAGAUUGGAUGAUACACGGCAAUUUCAAUUUAUAUAUUUAUUAACAAUGUUCUAGUCAAAAAUAUUUAUAUUAAAUCGAUUAUCUGAUGAAUUGUA